UACCGAUUUUUGGACAAUACCCCACCACUUAUAAUUACUCUUACUUUCACUUUUUCACAUUUUCCAAUAUUAAUUAUAACACAUUUUCAUCACUCUCAAUACAUUCAACAACUUUUUCUUCACUAUCAAUACACCUAACAAUAUUUUUCUUAAAACGCGUGUCACUCCCUCCUAAAAAGUUUUUUUUGUGGACCGAGGGAGUAUCAUAAUCCUACGCAGCUCGUCUCCCUCGACCAACAGCUGUGACUGAGCAUCUCCGCCGCAGAAAUAUGGCCGGAGGGAAUUGCGGCUGCCACAUCGUAGCGUUGCCGUACCCCGGCAGAGGCCACAUCAAUCCUAUGCUCAACCUCUGCCGCGUCAUACUCGACUCCCGCCCCGAAAUCAGCGUUUCCUUCAUCGUCACAGAGGAGUGGCUCGGCCUCCUCGCCGCCACGCCGCCAACCCCUAACUUCAGAUUCCACACAGUACCUAACGUCAUUCCCUCCGAGAUAGGCCGAGGCAACGACUUCCCCGGCUUCAUGGACGCCGUUCUCACAAGAUUGGAGGCGCCGGUGGAGCAGCUCCUGGACCGCCUUCCUCCGCCGAAGCCCACCCUCAUUAUAUACGACACCUACUUAACCUGGGCGGUGGCAGUCGGUGGUCGCCGGAAUAUUCCGGUUGCUUCCUUUUAUACCAUGUCAGCCACCGUCUUCUCCAUCUUCUACCACUCUCACCUCAUCUUCCAACACCGCCAUUCCCCUUCCAAUAUUGCAGAUGAUGAAGAAGGAGAGGAAAACUUAGUAGACUACAUUCCUGGAGUUCCCCCAAUAAGAGUCACAGAUCUUCCAACUCCAAUCCAUGGCAAAGGCAAUGAAGUUUUUCCUCAAGCUUUACAAGCAAUUCAAUCAGCACCAAAAGCUCAAUAUCUUCUCUUCACUUCCCUUUAUGAGCUAGAAUCCCAAGUUAUUGAUGCUUUAAGACAAAAAAUUCCGACCAAAAUCUACACAUUAGGCCUUGCCAUACCUACCUUGAGUUCCACGACUGAUGAGAGGCCAUACUACCUCAAAUGGCUGGAUGCUCAGUCUAAGGAUUCUGUUCUUUACAUCUCACAAGGUAGCUUCCUCUCAGUUUCAAAAGCUCAAUUUGAGGAGAUCGUUGCUGGGGUGGGUCGUAGUGGGGUUCGUUUCUUGUGGGUGGGGCGGGGGGAGGAGGAUGGCCUUGAAGAGAAGUGUGGGGGUAGAGGGCUAGUAGUCCCUUGGUGUGAUCAGUUGAAGGUGCUGUCACACCCCUCUGUAGGGGGUUUCUGGUCGCAUUGUGGAUGGAACUCGACUAAAGAAGGCGCGUUUGCAGGCCUUCCCAUGCUGACAUUCCCAAUAUUUUGGGAUCAAGUUACUAAUAGUAAGAUGGUGGUGGAAGAGUGGGGGUUUGGAAUGAGAGUGAAGAAGGAGGAUGAUAGUUUGGUGAGAGGGGAUGAGAUUGGUGAGCUUGUGUUGAGGGUUAUGGAAUCGGAGAGCGAGGAGGCCAAGGAGAGAAGAAGAAGGGCCAAGGAGAUCCAGCAGAUUUGUAAGAGUGCAAGUGGUGUGGGGGGAUCUUCUCAUAAGGAUCUUAUGGCUUUCAUUAAAGACAUUUCUGGAUGUUCAACUUAGUUUUUCUGACUGUAUUUGUGGUCUUGCAAAACUGGGAAACGUUUUCUUGUAUGUAUUCAUGAUUGAAGUUA